AAUUUAAUAUUAGAGAAGCACUUCUUUGUAAUCGAUUUUUGUUUUUAUUUUCAUAUAUUCUAAGUUAUUCGAAAAGAUAUAGAGCUAGUCAAUCUACAACUCAUAAAGAGAAACUAAUGCUUAUCACUUAAGCUUUAGUGAUGUAGACAAUAUAAAUGGUUGAAGCAUCUCCACUCUUUCAAAAAGAUCGAAGGUUUGAAUUCCUUACUAUUCAUACGGUGAUGUAAUAUUCUGAAAGAAAGAUCAUCAAUUUAUUAAGAAAAAUAUCAUCCGUCAAAGAUAACCCAUUUAUUCUCAUCCCUCUAAAAGGUCUCCCGUUUGAAUUCCUUACUUCAUGUGAUGUAAUAUUCUUUAAAAAAAAAAACAAUCCGUCAAAGAUAAGCAUUUGAUUUGGAAUAUAAAUCCAACACGAACGAGAGGAUUUUAAUUACUACUAAAAAGAGAAAACACGAUCGAAACAAACCCGCCAAGAAAUAGUUGGAUUAAAGGAGGCAAAAAAAAAACUUGUAAAUUUUCCCAAAGAUCAAGAAAUAUGGAUUGAAGAACCUACAAAAGAAAAGGAGGUGAAUGUUAGAUGAACAAGACUCUCCAGUAUGGUAUGAUGUUGUCCACUUUGAGCAUAAGCUCUUAUAGCUUUGCUUUGGGCUUAUCCAAAAGAGCUCGUACCAAUGGAGAGAGUGAUCAUUCCUAAAUUAGUGGAAUAGUAGAAUGCAUAAUUAAUGAGAAAGGAGAGAAGAGGAGGAUUGAUGUAAACAGGGAGAAGAAUAUGAUCUUCCAAGGACAGGGAAAUGGUGGAACCCACAUCCAAACACUCCUACUUCUUUCACUUUUGACCAAAAUUGCUAAAACACACCCACCAGUCUAAUUAACUAAACCCAGAAUUAACCAUGGUUAGGUCAGAGGGGAAAAAAAAAAAAGGAAAAAGGAAAAAGAAAAAGAAAUUCCUGCACCACACGUGUGGGGGGCGAAGUCAGAUAAGGGGCAAGUCGCAGAAGGGGCAGAAGAACAGAGUACGCAGAAAGCAGUCUUUGUUUCUCUCUAAACUCUCUCUAUCUUUUACCUGUUGGGUAUGUCGCUCUGUUCCAUUCAAUUCUAGAGAGAAGAAGAACAAACACAGAGAGAAAAAAAGGAAAAAAGGGAGUGUAAAGGAAAAGCUAACACUGAAAAUUUGCAGAGUGCGCAGAUUUGUUAGUAUUAGUAUUUGUGGUUUCUGUGUUUGUUUGUGUACCGUCGUCCCCCACCUGUUUGUUUGUUUUUGACGAAUUUUCUCUUUGAAUUAAAGAAUCGAAGCAGAGAGAUUAGGAAAACAUGCCUGGAAGUGUUGUUGUUGAGCCCUUGGAUUUGAGCGUGCAGAUUCCUUACCAUUUCAGGUGCCCGAUUUCUCUCGAGCUCAUGCGCGAUCCGGUUACGGUUAGCACUGGCCAGACCUACGACCGUUCUAGUAUUGAGUCAUGGGUGGCUACCGGCAACACUACGUGUCCGGUCACUAGGGCUCCGCUUACGGAGUUUACGCUCAUCCCGAACCAUACGUUGCGACGCCUCAUCCAGGAGUGGUGUGUUGCGAAUCGGUCUUAUGGUGUUGAGAGGAUUCCGACACCGAAGCAACCGGCGGAUCCGUCUUUGGUUCGGUCUCUGCUUGGCCAAGCUUCGUCGAAAUCGAGUGGUUCGAGUUCGAGAAUCUCGGCUGUGCGGCGGUUGAAAGGACUUGCUCGUGACUCGGAGAAGAAUCGGUUGUUGAUUUCUUCUCUGAAUGCUCGUGAAAUUCUUAUUGAUGUUGUGUUUUCGAAUUCGGAUUCGGAUUCGGUUUCUCCUGAUUUGAGCCGCGAAUCGCUCGCGUUGCUUGUGAUGUUGCCGCUCACGGAAUCUGAGUGCGUUCUCGUUGCGUCUGAUCCGCAACGGAUUGGUUACCUGUCACAUCUUCUUUUUGAUUCUUCGAUUGAAGUCCGAAUCAAUGCCGCUGCGUUGAUUGAAAUCGUGAUUGCAGGAACUCGAGCGUCCGAGCUUCGAGGACAAAUUUGCGCUAUCGACGAAUUAUUCGAAGGCGUGGUCGAAAUUCUCAGAGAUCCAACGGCGUAUCCGCGAGCGGUAAAGGUCGGAGUUAAGGCCUUAUUCGCUCUCUGUUUAGUGAAACAAACCAGGCACAAGGCGGUUUCCGCCGGCGCCGCCGAGAUUCUCAUCGACCGAUUCCCCGAUUUGGAGAAGUACGACGCAGAGAGAGCCCUAGCAACGAUCGAACUCAUUUGCAGAAUUCCAACUGGUUACGACGCGUUUGCCGCUCACGCGCUCACAGUUCCGCUUUUGGUGAAAGUCAUUCUGAAGAUCUCAGACAGAGCGACGGAAUCAGCAGUCGGAGCUCUGGUAUCGCUGUGCUCGGCGUCGGAGGAGAACCGACGGGAGGCGGUGGCGGCAGGGAUUUUUACACAGUUGUUGCUGUUGGUGCAAAGCGAUUGUACGGAUCGAGUUAAACGGAAAUCCCAAGUUCUGCUGAAGCUUCUUCGAGAUUCAUGGCCGCAGGAUUCCGUCGGAAACUCGGACGACUAUGGUUGCAGUGAAAUUGUGAUACCGUUUUAUUAAUUCCGAUCUCUCACGUCCGUUCAUUCAUCCGGGAAGAACAAAGAAGAACAAAGAAAGUUUCAGUAGUUUUCUGUAUGUAAUUUUUGUACGUAAAUUUUUUUUUCUUCAAUAGCUUUCAUCCAAAAAAAAAAAAAAA